ACACAAACGCACACACAGACACAGUACUGCAGUGGCAGGCAGAUCACUGGGCUUUACGGCUUCAUUAGUGAACAGUGAAUAGUGAACUCAAUCGUGUCCCAAACUAGUAUUUAGUGGACAAAAAAGAUCUAGAAAGGCCUUUUAUAUACUUUAUAAUCUGCAUUAAAAAAAAGAAACUUAAUAUUUUCAUGUGCAGAAGAGCGUCCCAGUUGAGAAGUACUACUCAGAAUUCUGAGGGGUGGAGCUGUGUUACGGACAGCUGAGGCAGCCAAUGAGCAGAGUCUGGUGGGAGGACUCUGGCACAGUCUUUUGUUCUGUGCUAGCAGUGAGGUCACCUCUGAGUUCCUCAGACUGCGCGUAUUGCUUGGCAACCGUUACUGGGCAACAGGCCAGCGGUCCUGCUGGCAGAGCUCAGUGACUGGUGUAAUCACAUGAUUCACUGUGUGGAGUGACUGGUGUAAUCACAUGACUCGCUGUGCUAUGUACAUGCUCCCGGUCAUUAGUAUCAGAGGUCAGAGGUCAGAGAGGUCGACCACAGUCAGGUGUGUCUUUGGUUAAGUGUGCCCAAAGUCUCAAUGGCCUUGACACUGAUUAACCACAGGGGGGCGCUCUGCUGUAACUACCAGCUGCAGCAGCCCGACUGAGCGCUGAGCUGUCAGUCACUGGCUGGGCGUGGUCACAGAAAGCCAGAUCUGCACCUAAACCCCGGGGGCGGAACUCCGGCAGCCGUUAGUGGGACAGAUGGAGUUUCACAGGGCUUCUUCUUCUUCUUCUUCACUUCCCUUCCCCGUGAUGGCUCCCAGUGUUUUUAUCUGCCAGUUUCUAUCGCAGGGCUCUGUUAACACUCCCAGUCUCAGGGGGACAGCUGGCUUCACAUUUUAAGAAAAAGGGAAGAGGUGCAGGUUGAUUUUAAUUUUUCAAAUUCACACCGUCUGCCACACGGUUCUGGUCAUUUGUGCUCUCUGUUCAGGGUGCUCUGAGCUGGAGGGCUGGAGGGACCUGCCUGGGGAAAGCAGACACUCCUCCUGCUGUAUGUGCUUUUCCCACCGUAUUCAGACUGGGAGCAGCAGAGGAGGUUACAGGUACAGGUGGGAUCACAGUACAGAAAGGCAGGGAAUUGAGCCCCUGGAUUCAGUUUGAGUCUGAGCCGCCCUGCAGACUGGGUCUGAGCCACCCCGCAGACUGGGUCUGAGCCGCCCUGCAGACUGGGUCUGAGCCGCCCUGCAGACUGGGUCUGAGCCGCCCUGCAGACUGGGUCUGAGCAGCCCUGCAGACUGAAUCCAAACAGAGCCUGUCUGAGUCUUUCUUUGGGAGGGGGUCUGCAAAAUGAGUCAUUUCACAGGCCCCUCCCCCACACAGGCUGACGGUCCUCUGUGCUAUUGAUCCAUGACAUCAGUGUUGUCUGUGCAGUGACUGCCCUGCAUUGUUGUUGGUUUUUCUUUAUCGGAGCGAUGCCAGCCCCUUUUUCAGUACGGACUGCAGGUUUACUGAAAACCCCGUAGCGCAUUUAAUCAGCCUGGCACGGGCCAGCAUUCUUUCAGAAAGGUCAUGUGAUGAGAUUGUGGCGGUCCAUCCUGCUCCAUCUGAAAUGCAGCAGCACGGUUCUGCUUCGGUCCCGUUACCAUAAGAAGCCCUUCCGUUGGGGGAAUGUGCACCUGGUGGCGCUGGACUGAAGGUGCCAUUAUUCUGCCCUGGGCCUGGGCCUGCCACCCGUAACACUGGCAACCCCCCUAAUGCCUUCACCAGCUCCAGAUCAGCCCCAGUUCAGCUUCAGAUCAGCCCCAGAUCAGCUCCAGAGAUCAUAAAACAGCUAGCGCUGCAUGUAGGCAGGCAGCUCAAAUGUAACGUGAAGAAUGUAAUCACUGUAAUAAAUACGGUGUAAUGAAGACUUCAGUGUGUUGAGAAUUGGGAGGGUAAUGGCAGGGUAUUGAUGAAUAUUUAAUGAUGAUAAGUGUAGCAGACACUGACAUCAUAGCUGACUCCCAGGAAACAAAGACUGAAUUUCCAGGUUACUGCAAUACUGCACUGCACAUCAGUUCCAGCCUGCAAACUGUGAUCAGCCCUGACAGGGCGCUCAUAACGGCCUGAACUGGGCUUGCAUUGAUGGACAGGCUGCUGCAUCGAAUGGACACUCAUUCUGCCAGCAUAGCAGCAGCACACCAGACAAUUCCGCCGGAAUAUAUAUUUCAACAAUUGUUUUCUAAAUGUGCAUGCAUUUUCAUUAUAUAUUCAUUUUGGCAGUCAUUACUUACAUUGAUUAAAAUGUGUAAUGAAAUAUAAACAUUAUGACAUUGUCUCCCAAACCUUUAUGUGUAUGCUGUUAAAUAUUUUUAAAAAAUAAAUUAACAGUAAAACAUCAACAGUAAACUCAUGGAUAACUGAAAUGCAGUAUUUUGCUUAAGAAUAUUGGGAGCUGAGAAACUCUGAUACUGCUCAGUGGUCAAAAAUCCUUUUUAUGGCACAUUACUGUUUAGGGCAUUGUGUUAUCAGCGUAAUCUAUGUGUCAGCUUUGCAUUACCUUUAACUUGAAAUAUCUUGGUAACCGGCUCGUGGAAGUGACGUGUUUUCUGUAGCACAUUGAACUGAAACUCACACCAUCCUUGUCAAGGUGUCACCCUCUUUAUUUGCAAAAUGUUUAAUGUGGGGAUUACACAGAGGACAAUGUCAACUUCCAACUUGUUUUAUUUUUAUAAACUAGCAAUUAAUAAGGAAUUAGAGCAAUAGAGUUCAGACCUUACUUUGUUGUAGGAAAAUAUAUGUCCUUGUAUAAUUUCUACAGCAGAAUGCUGUGUUGCACACUGUUGAAAUGCAUUGAAUUAGCCUACUCUAGUGUGAUUCCUCUUUACAGUAAAUUACAGGCAGAACUAAAACAGUAUCUUACUGUAAGGGCUGAUGUUUUUAAUUAUAACGCUGAUGUUCUCCACCUCUCUGUCUCCCUGGAUAAGUGCUGAUGCUGAGUGAUUGUAAUGUAAUAUAAUGUAAGCCAGUCUCCAGCAGAUUACUGUAAUUUCUCUUUUUGUUAGUGUAUUAUUCAGAGCAUAUACUGUCCAGUAAAAUGUGCUGCAGCUGUCCUCUGCACCAGUCGAUGCUGUCCACCUCCUGUUCCUCGUCCUCUUCCCCCACAUUCGGUGAAUUUAAUGCAAAUCUGAAUUUACAAGAAUUUGUACAGUGCAGGCAGCAGUUUCCAUUGAACAGUCUAAUACAUUUAAAAUGGUGGCAUGAAGUAAACCUCGCGCUCAGAUAUACCGCGAGCCCUUCUACUCUCCCUCCGUCUUUUCCCUUUGUUCUGUUCGCAUUUUUACGUGCUUUCCUGUAUAAAUGACUGUUAUAAGUGACUGUUAUAUUUUGUUAGAUGUUCAACCUGCAUGCGCAUUUUUAACGAUAUUAUUUCUAAACUCAGUUAUGAUUUAAAAAUUUCAGUGUGACAGGUGGUGAAUUUUUCACGACCUCCAUUGCAUAUUCACCACCGAGCGCGCCCGCCGGGUUCGCGAGAGUUACUUAUCCCGCGUCAAGGCUAUUUAUCCCGGGUCAGUGUGCUUAAAUGAUGAUGAUUAGGAGGAGUUGUGCCGUGUUGUGCUGCGCGGGGCGAACUUGGGGGGAGGAGGAAUAUGGAGAGCAGACCUAGUCUCUCCGCCGGAUACUGCGGCAAUCUUUGGAGAUGAUUAUUCGGGCUGUCACUCUUUAGGCGCGUGAGGAGCGAGACCUGGCAGCCAGCGAUCUCUCCUUGACAACCGGGAGGGUUAUGUCUACCAACACCCCACAUUUCAUAAAUAGUGCGGGAAGGAGGAGCCCUUACGUUGUGGGCGCGUGUGUCCGCCGCAACAGCGACUGAACGAAGGAAAAUGCCACCCUGAGAUUCAAAUUUGAACAAAGGAAGCUGGCGAUAACCCUCGCGCUUUUGUGCUGUCACCGACGGAGUGAAGAUGAGACGCGAUUCAGAAUGUCUCUUCCUGAUUAUUGUCAAGAACAUGCUGUAAUGACACAUUUCGGCUGAUCAGAAAUGGGGGAGGGGGUGGUGCUCAUUUCUGGGGCGCGCCGCUGCUUAAAGGAAAGUGAUAAUGAGAUUUUUCUGAACGUUUUACCGUUUCUACUGUGAAAAGGAAGCGAUAAAACGUUAAGUCUAUGUUUAAUCGAUUUGUCGAGUUGUUAUAAUAAAAGGCCACAUAUAUCUAUACACACGUACCGUGGCCGCAAGUAAAAACUAAAGCUACUUCGAUUGUAGGGCAGCUUUCGGUUGCUCUACAUUAAGUCACUGUUCUUAUUUCGGAGGUGCUGAAAUGCAGAGCCGUCUGUGAACAAGCCGCCCCUCCCCCACAGCACAGCACACCAUCGCGCGCAGCAGCAGAAUAGUAGGACGAGAGAGAGAGAUACGCGGCACCAGCGGCAGGGAAACACACCCGUCAACCGCGCGCCGAAGAAAAAAAAAAUCAAUAGAGACAAAGGAGAAGGGGAAAUGGAUGUGUGGAAGCAGUGUCCGUUUAAAACAGAAAUGAAAUGGAAGUGCUGGUCGCCGUGUACAUAACAGGGUAAGGUGUAAAGUGUAUUUUAAUGUGGUGGCGCGAGGCAAGGUACUGCAAGCUGAAAAGACGGAAAGCUGUUUUAGUCCGUCUGCGAUGGCUCGUGCAGGGGGAUGUAGCAGCAUACAGAAGAACGUGCCUCUUUCCUUUUUGAUAUAUUUAUUUUUUGGUGGCCUUGCGUCUGCACAGGUUCGAUAUUCUGUUACUGAGGAAUUGGAACACGGAACUGUCGUUGGAGAUAUCGUGCAGGAUUUGGGGUUAGAUAUUCGAAAGCUACCCGCCCGAAACAUAAGGAUAAUCUAUACAAGCGCGACGCGAUAUUUCGAUAUCAACCCUAAAAAUGGAAAACUGACUGUUAAUGAAAGAAUCGACAGGGAGACGCUUUGCGAUUUAAGCGCCACCUGCUAUUUGAAUCUGGAGGUCGUGGCUGAGAACCCGUCGGAAGUGUACAAUGUGGAGGUGCAGGUACUCGACGCGAAUGACAAUGCGCCGCAGUUCCCCAGAGACGAAUAUCAACUGGAAAUAUCAGAAUCGGCUUUGCCUGGGUCGCGCUUUCCUAUCGAGAGCCCGCAGGAUCAGGACCUGGGGUCUAAUUCCGUCCGGCUGUACCAGCUGAGCCCAAACGACCACUUCGCGCUGGACUCCAACAAGCCCUCCCUGAACAGCAGACCGAUUGAGCUCGUGCUUAAAAAUUCUCUGGAUCGCGAGAAGGCGGCUUCCCACCAGCUGAGUCUCGCCGCGGCAGAUGGCGGCACUCCCGCCAGAACAGGUACUGCGAAAAUAUACAUUAGGGUCUUGGAUUCAAACGACAACGUGCCAGUGUUUGACAGUUCUGUGUACAAAGUGAAAUUGUUAGAAAACUCUCCUAAGGACACGCUGGUGAUUAAGCUGAAUGCCACUGAUCUGGAUGAGGGUUCGAACGGAGAGGUGAUCUACUCGUUCAGCAGCUACACCCCGGAGAGGGUGCGCCAGGUGUUCAGCAUGGACCCCGCCACCGGCCAGAUCCGCGUGCGGAGCCAGGUGGACUACGAGGAGACCAGCUCCUACGAGAUGUACGUGCAGGCCAUGGACAAGGGGGCGGGGGCGGUGGCAGUGCACUGCAAGGUGGUGGUGGAGGUGGUGGACGUGAACGACAACGUGCCUGAGAUCGUCCUGUCCUCGCUGUCCAGCCCGGUGCGGGAGGACGCGCGCGCCGACACGGUGGUGGCCCUGAUCAGCGUGACGGAUCGCGACUCCGGCCCCAACAAGCAGGUGAGCCUGGAGAUCCCCCCGGGCCUGCCCUUCAAGGUCAAGUCCUUCAGGAACUACUACACGCUGGUGACCUCCGCCUUCCUGGACCGCGAGACCACCGCCGCCUACAACGUGACGCUCAGCGCCACCGACUCAGGGACCCCGCCCCUCUCCUCCCAGAAGACCAUCCAGGUGGACGUGGCGGACGUGAACGACAACCCGCCGCGCUUCGAGCAGACGUCCUACACGGUGUACGUGGCGGAGAACAACGCGCCGGGCGCCUCCCUGUGCACGCUGCGCGCUCAGGACGCCGACGUCAACGAGAACGCCCGCGUCACCUACACCGUGCUCAACGACAACAACCACGGCGUUCCCGUCACCGCCUACGUGUCGGUGCGGGCGGACUCGGGCGAGGCCUACGCCCUGCGCUCCUUCGACUACGAGACGCUGCGCGAGUUCCACUUCCAGGUGAAGGCGCAGGACGGCGGGGUGCCGCCGCUGAGCCGCGUGGCCACCGUCUACCUGUACGUGACGGACCAGAACGACCACGCCCCCGAGAUCUCGCACCCGCCCAGCAACAGCUCGCGCAGCCCGGAGACGGUGCUGAAGAACGCGGAGGCGGGGCAGCUGGUCACCAAGGUGCUGGCGUAUGACGCGGACGCCGGGCGCAACGCCUGGCUGCUGUUUGCGCUGGAGCACGCCACCGACCCCGACCUCUUCAAGGUGCACGAGCACACCGGCGAGAUCCGCACCACCCGCAAGAUCGUGGAGGACAACUCCACCUUCUUCAGCCUGACGGUGCUGGUGCGGGACAGCGGGCGGCCCGCCCUGUCCGCCUCCGUCACCGUCAACGUGGCCGUGAUGGAGGUCCCGCCCAAGGUAGCGCCCGACCCGCGCAAGAUCGUCCGGCCGCACGGCCCGCUGCUCUUCUCCAGCGUCACGCUCUACCUGAUCGUGGCGCUCAGCGCCACCACCUUCGUCUUCCUGCUGACGGUGAUGGUGCUGGCCGUGGUGCGCUGCCACGCCUACUGCGCCCAGGCGGGCACCUGCUGCCCGUGCUGCGUGUGGCAGAAGGCCGGGGGCACGGGGGGCGGGGCCGGCGGCCAGCAGACCAGUAAUAACGUGGUGCUGCGGCGGGACCUGAAGGUGGAGCCGCACUACAUCGAGGUGCGGGGCAACGGCUCCCUCACCAAGACCUACUGCUACAAGACCUGCCUGACCGCCACCUCCGGCAGCGACACCUUCAUGUUCUACAACACGGGCUGCCCCCCCGGCGCCACCAUGGGCUCCGAGCGCUUCUUCACCGGCCAGAGCGGCCAGAUGUUUGUACGCCGCCUAAGCAUGCCCGACGCCGCGCUGCAGCCAAAGGCUCCUAAUGCAGACUGGCGGUACUCAGCCUCUCUUCGGGCGGGAAUGCAGAGCUCGGUGCACAUGGAGGAGUCAUCAGUGAUGCAGGGAGCUCAGGGUGUUCUGGUGCAGAACUGGCCCACCGUGUCCAGCGCAGCUGGAGAUGCUGAGGGGGGUGAGGUGUCGCCCCCUGUAGGUGCGGGGAUGAACAGUAACAGCUGGCACUACCGUUACGGGCCGGGCCCAGGGUACCCGCCACAGGCCCUGAAGCCGGGCGAGGUUCCGGAAGCCUUCAUCAUCCCCGGGUCCCCCGCCAUCAUCUCCAUUCGGCAGGACCAGGGCGGGCCCGACGACAAGAGCGACUUCAUCACCUUCGGGAAGAAGGAGGAGGCCAAGAAGAAGAAGAAGAAGAAGAAGGGAAAGGAAAAGAAAGAGAAGGGAAAGGAUGGGGAGGAGGAAUAACACAUGCAUCUACUUCACACCCCACACUGCUCUGACCUGGAGCUGCUAUCCCCUUCCACACCACAAGGGGAGCCAUAGCUCCAAAAACACAAACAUUACAGUGCAUACACACACACACACACACACACACACACACUCACAUUUCUCUCUUUCUCUCACACACAUACACACACACAUACCCGUACACACUCACAACCCCAAUCUCGUCAGUCACGUGGUUCUGAAGAACCUAUAUUCUCACACCAAUUCUGAGACUUAAAGAUACAAAAGAAAAACGGUUGAACAGAAGCAGGAAACAGACUCUCUCUCUGUCUUACACACACACAGGUAAAGACAGGGUGGUCCCUGAUAAUGGGGUGUGUAACCCACCUGUACGGGACUGUAUGUAAAGUGUAACGCCUGGAAUGAUGCUGCUCUCGUCUGUUUAUUUACGUUCACCCCGAAUCCCUCGCUUCUGUUCUGAAUAUUUGAUAGUUGUGCGUAAUACCUCCCUCUGACCAGAGAGAUUGGUAGUACAGAGAGAUUGCCAUUCACCUGUAUACACCUCUCUCUCUCUCUCUCUCUCUCUCUCUCUCUCUGUAUUUACCCAUUGAGCCGGUAAGGUAAGGGGUCGACUGUUUUAGCCUAAUCAUGGCACCUGUGCUGAAGGGCAUUAGUGAGGCGCCCCCUAGGGAGGAGAGGGGCAUGGCGUGGUAAGGCUGUAGAGAACAGGGGCCGCUAUGACUGCUAAUGACCAGCAGGAUACUGAGCCAUGCCCACUCACAGGCCUGUGGGUUAGAGGAGAGCACAGUAACGUCCACUCCCAAAAUGGCUGACACCCUCCUGCCCACUCACAGGCCUGUGGGUUAGAGAAGAGGACAGUAAUAUCCACUCCCAAAAUGGCUGACACCUUCCUGCCACUCACAGGCCUGUGGGUUAGAGGAGAGGACAGUAAUAUCCACUCCCAAAAUGGCUGACACCUUCCUGCCACUCACAGGCCUGUGGGUUAGAGGAGAGGACAGUAAUAUCCACUCUCAAAAUGGCUGACACCUUCCUGCCACUCACAGGCCUGUGGGUUAGAGGAGAGGACAGUAAUAUCCACUCCCAAAUGGCUGACACCUUCCUGCCCCUCACAGAUGUCACAUUUUUGUAUUCCUCACGUGAACAUGGGUGCUCUGGAGAAGAGUGUCUCCUAAGUGAUUGUAAUGUACUGUAGUGACUGCUGGUGAAAAGAGAGAGAACGGGGGGGGGGGGGGGGGGGGUACCUUGUGAAUAUUGCGUCUUAACUUACACUUAAACAUUUUAAAUAGUGAAAGGGGGGCUGAUUUGAGGGUGAGCUGCCUGGCGCUAUCCGUGAUGCUUUAUUUGAUAACAUGCUGAAGACAGGAGCGUGUAAAUGUAUUUAACUGUGCGGUCUCAUAGCUGCAGAGGCACAGCACUACUGGCAUUCCACAGCACAUGCCCAGCUCUCCACCCCCUCCUCUGCCCUCUGUGCUGACCAAUCAGAGAGGAGAGGAGUGAUGUCACCGCUGCUGUUGGUUUGGCUCCGCCCCCUGUGGUCUAGUGCUGUCAGAUCGGACUGACUGUUUGCAUGUUAUAAUCAGAAGAUACAGAAACAAUAUAUAGAGAUUAUGUAUAUAUAGAUAGUUAUGUUCAUGAUUUUAUCUUUCAUUAAUCACACGUUCAGAGACAUAAACAUUGUCUCUGCUGUCCAACAUCUUUCACACCCACAGGAGCUUCUGCUGUCCUCCUGUUGACGUUAACUUUGACUAACCUUCUACAUAUAUGUACAACUAUAGUGUUAUGCUCUCAAAUGCAAUUUUACUUUUUUAUUUGAUGACUUCAUGACUUUUGAGAAUUAAUAAGAAACAUAUGUUUUUGUUAAGCUUUGAAAUGAUGAUCUUAAUACCAUUGUAAUGUGAAACUGAACAAUGUAUGCGCUUAAUGAGAAAAUAUCUUUCCCUCCCCCAUUUGAAAAAAAAGAAAAAGAACCAAAAAAAUUCAAAGAAGGAAAAAGCAAAAAAAAAGAAAAGGUGUGUGUCUGCCUGUGCUGUGAACGCUGUGUGGUGUCCGCUGUGGUCAGCUGACCGCGGCUCAGCAGGGCUCUGACCUGCUCAUCUGUGUCCUGCUCACUUCGUGAUUUUUAAUUUACUUUGAUUAUGGAUACUGGUAAUGUGCUGUUUAUAAAUCACCAAUAAACUUUUCUUUCUUAAAUAUGUGAAGGAA